AUGUAUGCCCCUGCGCCACCACGCAGCAAGAAGACAGACAUCACGCGCAGUAGAAGUGGCUGCGCUCGAUGCCGCCAGAAGCGGCGAAAGUGUGACGAAGGCAAGCCGAGCUGCAGUCGUUGCGUAACGGCCAUGGCCGAAUGUGAGUAUGGUGGCAUCACACUCAAGUUUAGGGAGGCCACACGAUGGGCAGCCCAGAAGGUUGAACUUGGAAAGGCCAUGGCCCCAGUCGUCGCUGCUACGACAGCAAAUAUGACGCCUCCGCCGCCCCAAGACUCAGCAGACGUCGUUCAAGGGCACGGGAUGUCCAUCUCAGACGAAAGCACAGCCUCGCCUGUUUACCAGCAGCUGUCACCGCCUCAAGGCACUGAAGCCCCACCAGCAACUUACUAUCACGAUAUACAACCUGCCCCAUUUCUGGCUGAACAGAACGAUUGCAGCCAGGGGUCAGCGGAGGUUCCAGAGCUUGGCCUCGAGGCUGAUCCCUCACCCGCUUCUGCCUCCGCGUUUGACCCCCCUACAGACAACCAGGGCUCCAUGGCCGGAUCUUUGCUGCACUCUUUCUACUCCCCGAAGCGGACCGGUGCCCAGGUGGGCCAGCUUGGGCUUGAUAUUGUAUCAUCCACAGCGGAUGCGGAUGAUGCGCUCUUCACCCAUCUCCUUGACCUUCCCGACUCUCUGGUAGAUAUGGGGAUGGCGGAGCCUUACUGGAAUGGCAUUAUGAUGCAAAACACUGUUGAAGACUCACCGGACUCAUCAUUUCAACAGCCAUCAACCGAUACUGACGCCCCUGGAAAUUGUGACAUCGACCCAACAUGUCAGCCUAUGGUACUUGACUAUCCACUACAAGCACCGGACCAACAACUACCAUCUCCGAUGAUAGCUGGGCAGGAUCACCAAACGUCGAAAGCGAAUACCAGCAGGACAAGUCCUUUUCCAGUGGUCCAACUGCCAUGGCCGAAAGCCCAGAAGCCGCCUCCAGGAUCAAAGAUCUCUGUGGGCCACAGAAUUUACCUCGCUCAUUUCAAGGUUGCCGUAUUACAGGCUUUCCCCCUCGAGCUGCCAUUCUUGUGGGACAUGGUCAUCAAGUCCGAGCCCGUCCGUUACGCGGCUUUAUCACUGUCAGCGGCGAACCUCGCGAACCUACAAGGUCAGCAAUUAGACAACAGCCGAGGGACGCUCACUGCUACACCAGCCCACUCUGCUAGAGCCACUGCCUUCUCGAAACAAACUGUUGAAACGUUGGAAAGUGGUGCGGUUGUAUCUUUGGAUGCUCGCCUUGUAACGAUGAUCCUAGUCGUCUUCUAUGAGCUUGAGGCCAGCUCUUUCAGCAGCGCAUCCCACUCCCUCUCGAUAUUAAAUGUCAUGAUCCUCAGUUGUACCGAGGAUGUGUUAUCGUCAAUUAACGGCUGUAUCAUCAUUCAGUGGUGGCUUCAUCUUCGCACCUUGAUAGCUGGUGCCCAGGGUCCAUAUAGCCUCUAUGGAUCAGAGGAUCCCACCGAGUCAUUGAUCAACCAGUUGGAGUUGAGAGUUGUAGAGACUCCACAGAUGAUCGACUUGAUUACGACCAAGGCUACUCGAAUCUGGCACCGUGUUCUAGUAGCCAAGUGUUUCAGGGCGCCUGGAGACAUGCCUGUUGACACCAUGAGAAAAGUGGAUGACUGGUGGAGGAUCUUGAAGGGGAACCACCUGUGUGAGCCUGCACGGGACGACCAAAAUCCGAGCCAGAUUCUGGGUGAGGAGGACCUAUACAAGGAACUGGGGAACUUGCAAAGAACCUUGGGUGCUUGUGAUGCUCCAGGGAGCUUCCAGUCAAGCAUGCUUGAAGAGAGCCCAGCAUCUGGAGAACUAAUGCCCCUCCACUUCCCCAACCACCGCUGUGCCAUAGAAGUGGCCGAUUUUGCCUUUGCUCACAUCGUAUGCAACCACAUCCGCCUUCGUGCUCUAGCGGAACACUCGACAGACUUGCCGCGUCAGUUCCCAGACAGAACUUCGGAUACGGCGACUGCUUUGGAUUCAUGGGUUCUCUUGUUACUACGCACUGUUGCUGGUCUUGACAUCUCCAAAUGCGGAAGGGAAAACACAUACAGGAGAGGAAUUGUGAGCUCCCUCUUCCAUGCCGGGCUUUUCUAUCCAGGCCAGGUCUCAUCAAAGUUCAUCAACGACACGGUCGGACGAAUGAUCGACGCCCGAAUGGAAUUUGAGAACCCCUUCUACCCUCUUCGUGCAUUUUUAGACUUUCAUCAAUCAUUACAGCGCCAAAUGGUUGAAGGGAGAACUAUAUUCUUUGCUUGUUCGACAUACGACGAAUGGACAACCAAGGAGACACUAUUGUCUAGAGGAGAAGAUGAGUAUUUGAUGAUUAUUGGCUGUGAACCGGACGGCCGAUACUUUAAUGACCUGGUUCCUUUCACUGAGACCUAG